GAGGGUCCUGGCCUUUUUCUGUUUUUUGGUUUGUUGGUUCCUGUUCCUCAGACGCAGCAUUACGAGCGGCUCCACGUUUGCAGCCAUGUCUAAGACCAGUAACGAUGACUUGUUCCUGUCUUCAUCUGAUGACGAGCUGUUGGACAGACUGCUGUCAGUGGAGGGAUCUGAUGGCGAUGGUGGUGGUGUAGGCACAGCCUCCUUGGCGGAGGCCCUGCUGCCUGUGGCAGAGCCUUCACCCCACCUCAUCCCCUGGGUCUGCUCAACCCGCUACAAGACAGAACUCUGCACCGCCUACUCGGACAGCGGUUUCUGCAAGUAUGCAGCGCGCUGCCAGUUUGCCCACGGCCUCCACGAACUCCACGUUCCCUCCCACCACCCAAAGUACAAGACGGAGUUGUGCCGCAGCUUCCACACAACUGGCUACUGCUACUAUGGCAGCCGUUGCCUGUUUGUCCACAGCCCCACAGAGCAGCGUCCCACCCUCCGUCGCCGCAGGAAUGUCCCGUGUCGCACCUUCCGUGCCUUUGGGAUCUGUCCCUUUGGCACCCGCUGCAACUUCCUGCAUGUGGAGGGUGGAGAUGUAAGUGGCCAGCAGGAUUUGUCCAAUGUUGAUGGAAAAACCUUGCUUUCGCCCAAACCCCAAUGCCAUCAAAAGAACAAGGGGGGGAAGUCUCGGGGGGCUCUGUGCCGUACCUUCAGCACCUUCGGUUUCUGCCUGUAUGGAACCCGCUGUCACUUCCAGCACGGCCUCGCUAACAGGAUGAAAGCCUCCAGCCAAGGGUUGCUGUCCCCUCAGCCAUCCCCAUGCAGCUCACCUUUCCCCUCCAUCUCAAACUCUUCUACCUCCUCUUCUCCUCCAGCAGCCUCCCCCUUCUCCACCUCGGAAGAACCGGCGCACAAUGCUUUCACCUUCUCCAGCCAGCACUUAAGUGACCUCCUGCUGCCACUGGCCCUCCACCUGCAGAAGCUGGAGAGCACCAAGGCCCAGGAGAUCUGGGCCAACAGGGCACUCUAAUCUCAAACCAAAAUCAGCACUGAACACUACAGUUCAGUUGUGCAGGCUUUAUUUUAUUUUUAUUUUUUUCUUGUUUUUAAAACUACCCCAGGGCACUUUUUUGUAUAUAUGUUCUAGUUGAAAUGAGCUUGUUUCAGAUGGCCCAAGCAGGCCUUGACAAACAUGACUGUUCAGUCGUGGCUCAGUCUGGAGUAGCUCUGCAGAGACUCCUACAGGUGCAGCUAUAAAUGUAAUAUUUUUUUAAAACUGUACAUA